AUGCCUAUGCUGAAGGCUACCUUGGCGAAAACCGCGAUAUCUGCUCCGAGUCCCACAGCCUGGACGCCUCCAGCUCAAGCCAUGCACGUGAUACCACGGGGCAGCUCUGGCCGCUAUCCCCGGAGGAAGCUCAACUCCUCAGAGGCUGAUGUCACGAAAGAACCCCCGGAGGAACAGACCUUUACUUCGCAUGCAGUUUCGACCUCCGCCAUAUUCCAGAUCAAGGAGGGUAACGUCCAAGCUUCUGGGUUCAGCGAUGCAGCCAGGAUUGUGGCUCAGAGGCAAGAGAUCGUCAUUGGCAACAUGGCGAAACGUGCAGUGGUCCCUAGUCCAACCUUCCGCAGUAUGGAUUGGUCACUCGAGCCCGCUCCAGAUUCAACAUGGACAUAUUGCAAGAUUGCACACGCCGCACGAGUCACCAAUUCUGCCUACGGGGAGGGGAGCCAGAACCAGUCGAAGUAG